UUUGUUGGAAGGUUUCUUUUUAGCUGGAGAAGCAGAUAGAACAAGAAGAUAUACUGCUGAAACUAUGUUGGAAGAGUUGAAUGUUAUGGUGGAAGAAGAAGGCCAGUUUGAUAAAAGUGAAGUUCCAAAACUCCAAACUAUCUAUGGGUGGAUAACCAGCUAUGCUGCAGUAUUUAAAAAGAAAAAUGCAAAAAGAACCUUGAAAGAAGUUGGUAUUCUCAUAGAAAUGA